UGAAAUGCUGGACGCUGAGCUGGUUUCGCAACGCAGCAAUGGGAGCUCCGGGGGGAAAGAUCAACCGGCCGCGAACGGAGCUGAAGAAGAAGCUGUUCAAGCGACGGCGGGUGUUGAACCGGGAGCGGCGACUGAAGCACCGGGUGGUCGGGGCUGUGAUAGACGAAGGGCUGAUCACGAGGCACCACCUCAAGAAGCGGGCGUCCAGUGCACGUGCCAACAUUACUCUGUCUGGGAAGAAGCGCAGAAAACUCCUCCAGCAGAUCCGGCUAGCCCAGAAAGAGAAGGCAGCCAUGGAAGUGGAAGCCCCCCUCAAGUCAGCCAGGACUAGUGAACCACAGCCCAAAUCAAAAAAGAAGACAAAAGCCCCCCAGGAUGUAGUCAUGGAGGACCUUGAAGAUAAGAGCUAAAUCUCACACCCCUUCCACCAGAAGAUUCUCAGCUGGAGCCAGGAGGACUCGAUGGUUAUUUCAGAGGACUUUGGAGAAAGCGUUGCUCCUUUUCACUGUCCCCAGAUUCCUCUUCCCUAAUGGCCUAUGACCUGCCCUGGAGGGAUGUAUUGAGAGGAAGAGGGUAGAAAAGAAAGAUUGGAGAGAGGGUCCUAAGCAGUCAACUCCAUUUGUAAUAAAGCCCUAGCAUUCUUACUGAGAUGUGUUUGAUUAAAUGUAGGAAUGGGGAUAGGCCAUGAAAAGGGGCUGUGAGUGUGGAAACAAGACAAUUGGGAAACAGGACCCACAGUUCUUACUUGACCAAAGGCAACAAGAAGCCACCCUCCAUGAUGGCCCUGUCUCCCGGAUGAGUGACACUCCAACUUUCCAUUUCUGACAAAAAUAAGGUGUUCUGUAGAGAUGGCAGAGGAGGUAAGGGUCUUGAUACUGGCCCUGCCACCUCCCCUGUGUGACCAGGGUGGACAAGACCGUGGUUGUCUCUGCUUCCUUCGCUGGAUUAUAUUUUUAAUAAAGUGAACAUUAUUUUUCCCUUUUAA